AGCAUGUUCUGCAUUUGUGCGACGUGCUACAGAUUGAGUACUAGGCGCUUCAGAUAAAGUAAAUCGAUCCACUCCAAUCUGUUAUAAAUGUAAGCCUGGUGAUUAUUUGAAGCAUUUAUCGUUAGUGUCUCGUGUGUGUGACUAUCGCCAAUCAAUUACAAUGGCUGUCCGCUGGGGUAUCGUUAGCGCUGGAAAGAUCAGCAGCGACUUCGUGAAUGCAAUUAACUCUUAUCCUGGAAACUAUCAGCAGGUAGUAGCAGCAGUGGCCGCCCGCGACCGCAGCAGGGCUGAAGAGUUCGCUAAGCUCCACAACAUCUCAAAUGUAUUCGACUCUUACAAGGCGAUGGCUGAGAGCACUGGCAUCAUAGAUGUCGCUUACAUCGGCUCCCUAAACCCAGAGCAUUACGCCCUCAGCAAACUAUUCCUCGAGAAUGGAAAACACGUUCUAUGCGAAAAACCUCUAUGCCUCAAUUCCAAGCAAGCACAAGCCUUAGACAUAGACAUCGCGAAGAACAAAAAAGUUUUCUUCAUGGAAGGCAUCUGGUCCAGGUUUUCGCCCGCAUAUAUUGCGCUGAAGAAAGAGAUCGAUUCAGGAAAACUGGGAGAGGUGAAACUUGUGGAGGUUAACUUAGGAGCUCCUAUUGAUACUGUUGACAGACUAAGUAAAAAGUCCCUAGGAGGCGGUGCCGUGCUCGAUCUAGGAGUGUACACUAUUCAAAUGGCUCAGUUUAUAUUCAACGAUGAGCCAACGAAAGUGAUAGCCACUGGGGCCCUUAACGAAGAGGGAGUGGAUGUCAUGGAGACCAUAAUUUUGGAGUACAGCGGCGGAAGGCGCGCGGUGUUAAACCUGGAUGCUACCAUGAAGUUGUGGAAUAAGGCUACUGUCACGGGCAGCAAAGGAAGGGCUACGCUCGAAGAACCUUUCCAUUUCCCUAACACCCUAACUCACGUGGACGGCAAGGUGGAAAACUUCACACUACACACAUCCAACAUCCCAUACAACUUUGAGAACAGCGCAGGGUUGGUCUACGAAUCUCUUGAGGUCACCAGGUGUAUCAAAGAAGGGCUCCUUGAAUCGCCACACGUGACCCACAGAGACAGUCUCAUCAUCGCAAGAAUUCAAGAUUCCAUCCGAAAACAACUUGGUGUCCAUUUUGAUGUUGAUGAUUAGGAUUAUUAGGAGUUUACUGCUUUUAUUUACAUGAUGUAAAUAUUUGUCUGAUUUUUU